AUGUUUAGUUAUCCGUCGUGCAGUGAUGCGAAGACUACAGGAGAAGCAGCAAAUAUGCACUAUAAGAAUAACGUAAUUGCAUAUAUCGGGCCUGCUUGCAUAUGUGCACUAGAACCCGUUGCGAGUCUUGCUGCAUAUUGGAAUAUUCCAAUAAUCACUGGAAUGGGAGAUCAACCUCUUACCGAAAGAGAACUCUCUGUCACUUCCUCCUGUAUAAUGGACAGAUUGCAGACAUGGAACGAUAUGGCCCCGCACGGAAUUAUCAACAACAAUAGUAAAUUAUAUCCGACGUUGACCAGGCUCUCAUACUGCGAACGUCACUUGAAAUUAGUAUUUACUUCUGUUGUAAAAUAUUUCGGUUGGAAACACAUCGCUUUGGUUGUGGACAAAACUGAUCUAUUUUCUAUAAUGCUCGGGAAAAAUCUGGAGUAUGAGUUGAAGCGUCAAGGUCUGCAGGUCUUCGUCAUUGAAUUAAAGGGAAAUGAUGAAGAGAUGUACGAUAAGUAUCUCAAAGAUGCCAGCAGAUAUGCAAGAGUUAUGAUAUUGAGUAUACGCGCAUCUCUUGUAAGGAAGUUCAUGCUGGCCGCCCACGGUUUAGGCAUGACUAAAGGAGAUUGGGUGUUCAUGGACUUGGAGAUGUAUAAAGGGAGUUAUUGGGUAGACUCGAUUUGGUCGGUUGGGGACAAGUACGACACUAUUGCAAAAGAAGCAUACGAGGCUCUCAUCAGAGUGAGUUUACUUCAGCCCACCAGCGAUAGAUUUCAGGAUUUUGCGAAUAAGGUUAAAGAAAGAGCCCAGACUGAUUACAAUUACAUUAUGAACAGCAGAGAAGAUGUGGAUUUCGCGAUUGGCGCAUUUUAUGACGGUGUUUACUUGCUUGGUAUGGCUUUGAACGAGACGCUUUCUAUGGGUGGAAACAUCAGAGACGGUCUGGCCAUAACCAAAUUGAUGUGGGGUCGUGAUUUUCACGGAAUUAGCGGUUACGUCGCGUUCGACCACAACGGAGAUAGAGUUGCGGAUUACUCCAUACAGGUUCUGCACCCAAAGACUGGGAAAUUUUACGUAGUCGCUCAUUACUACGAUUUGCACAAAGAGUAUUUGCCGGUGCCCGAGCAGAAGAUCUAUUGGCCUGGAGGACGGGAAGACCCUCCUCUGGAUAUUCCCGAACCUGGAUUUUUAGACGACCAUCCUAAAAGAAUGAACUAUGAUAUAAUACUUAUUAUAUAUGGAAUUGUCGCUUUAGGAUUGAUCUUAGCUCUCAUAGGUUGGGGUUGCUUUAAGUGUACACGACAAGUACGUACGGAUCAAAACAUCAUGCAGUGGCGCGUACGACCCGAUGAGAUGAUGUUUGAGUUAGGGAUACUAUACGACUACGAACCAGAAUUUCCAAGCUUACCUGAAUCGUUGGAUGUAUCCAGCAGCAGACCUUCAUUCAUCAACUCGCUGCAGUCGACACCUAUAGGAAUGUACAAAGGCACUCGCGUAUUCAUUAAGAAAAUCGUCAAGAAAAACAUGGACAUUAACAAGAAAGUUCUCAGCGAAAUCAAGCAAGUCAUAAAUAUUGGACACGAGAAUACCAUUCGAUUCUUAGGUGCGUGUAUCGAGAAUCCGGGAAUACUGAUCAUCACCGAAUACUGUCCCAGAGGUAGUUUGCGUGAUGUUCUUGAUAACAAUGAAAUCAACCUGAACUGGAAAAACAAGUUGUCGCUGAUCGAGAAUAUUGCAAAAGGGAUGCAAUACCUGCACAACAGCGAGGUGUCCGUUCAUGGAAAACUGAAUUCCCACAAUUGCUUAAUCGAUGGCGACUUUGUAUUGAAGAUCUGCGAUUUCGGUCUCACCACUCUAGUGAUACCAGACGAUAUCUCUGAGGAUAUAAAUCACUAUCAUAAACUUUUAUGGGUUGCUCCUGAACUACUUCCACUAACCGUCGUACCAGGAAUUCCGGCAACGCAAAAAGGCGACGUCUACAGUUUCGCUAUAAUCCUUGAGGAGAUUAUUUUGAGAGCCGGUCCUUUUUUUGUCACAUUGCAGCAUGAGCAGAUAUGUAUUUACGAUAUUUUAAAACGUGUGGCUGACAGGGAAAUUCCUCCAUUCAGACCGGUCGUGGAUGAGACCAACUGUCAUGAGGAUUUGAUUCUUCUCAUGAAAACAUGCUGGGAGGACAACCCAGUUUGUAGGCCCCCAUUCAACGUGAUCUGUCGGGCAGUCCAAAACAUCGGGCCAGAGCAUUAUUAAACUCGUACUGGCUGACUUCGACGCAGAAUCUUUGUCUCCAACUCACAGGCAACUUUUACCCUUUGGUAGUUAAGCUUAAUUAAUAUGUGUCAACAAUUAUAUUACCUGUCCUGAAAAUAAUUUGUCCCGUAAUAAAAUUAUAUAUGGAGAAUUAUUUCUAAUGAAAAUAUAUAUUAUACAUUUAAGUGUUCUAACUUCAUUGGGCCCUGGCAUAUUUAACUGUGUGAGCCCCAUGUACACUGUUGCAAUGAGUAAUUCCUUCAAAGGUUUUUAGGAUCUAUCCUCUUGGAUUCAACACUCUCCAUUCAAAAAAUAAUUUUAAAAAAAAUAUGUACGGUUGUCCUUUUUACAUUCCUUUGAAGGGUUUUUAGGAUUUACUUUGUCUCCUCUUGUAUCAACACUGUUCAUUCAAAAGUAAUUAGAUAAAAAAAAUUGGGGGGCUCAUCUACAGUUGCCGUUUUUGCCCAGUGGUUAACGCGUUUGUGGUACAACUAUAUAUAUGUACCACUAGUAGUAUCAAUUAGAUGUAUUUCUUAAAUUUAUAAGCAAUUUAGAAGAAGUAAAUAUAAAAUA